CAACUUCAUCACGGCGCAUUUCGACAUUCGUUUGGAGUUAGCAUUGUGUCAUCUGCUUUUUACCUGUAGCUUCGUCUCCUUAGCAGCAAGGCGCUUGGUUUGUUUGGUUGAUCACAACCUAGAAAAUUUGCACAUACGUACACCGACAUAAUAAACUGCAAAUGGCUUCAAUGCGGACACACACUUUGCCGCGCUUGGCAUCGUGCACUUGGACGCCACGAAAAAUCCAAAGGGCCCAGCAAUGUCUUUACGCCACCCAAGCGAAUGAUAUUGAAGGCAUGCUGGCCCACAAGAAGAAUUGGGAGUCGAGGCCGGAUGCCAUUCGAAAGCUGGCCGUGUUCGCGGAGCAUGCGAGAGCAUCAAAUUACCAGAUCCCAUUGCUAUCGAAAGCACAGUAUACGGGACCCAACGGAACCAACAACCCUGGAGCAUUCACCCAAGAAAAGGCAUACGAAAUCGCAGCUGCGAUUCGUCAAUUACGGGAGAUGAAUGGAGAGACUGUAGCUGGUCGAAAGAUCGGGUUCACAAAUCAGAACAUCUGGCAUGAGUACAUGGUCGACACCCCAAAUUGGAGCUAUAUGUAUCAGCAUACCAUUGUGAACCUCCCGGAACCUGGACAGCUUGCCGAAGGGCGCACAGUCCUAGCUGAUAUCAGACAUCUCAAUGCCAUGGAGCCAAGAAUUGAACCGGAGAUUAUGUUUGGACUGAAAAGCGUACCGAGAUCUGAGAUGAGUGAUUUGGAGAUCCUUGGGUGUCUGGAAUGGAUGGCGCAUGGUUUUGAAGUGGUCGCGAGCAUAUAUCCACAUUGGAAAUUUACAGCUGCGGACACAACUGCGGCUUUCGCACUGCAUGGACUUCUGCUUGUCGGGCCAAAGAAGAUGCUGAAAGGAAGCGAGGAUGCAGCACUAUUGAGUCAGUUGCAAGACUUUACAGUUGAUCUCCUGAAAAAUGGGGAGAAGGCCGAUGAGGGAAAGGGCAGCAAUGUGCUCGGAAGCCCAAUCAGCGCACUACGCCGGCUGCUCGAACUGUUGGAGAAGGACGAGUUGAACAUGCCGCUUCAGCCUGGAGAAGUUAUAACGACAGGGACGCUGACGAAGGCGCUGCCAAUCCAGAAUGGAGAUAUGUGGUCGACGAAGUUGAGAGGUAUUGAGCUGCCUGGAGCAAAUGUGAGAUUCAGGACAGAAUGAGUCUUUGGUGGCAUUGCGUUCUACGAAAUCGCGUGAUGCAAGCAUCUUGAGACUCCUCAGCCAUUGACUGGAGAUCAAUCAGGAGAUCAGCGGAAUUUUCGCCGGCUUGUAGACGCGACUUCGACUGGCCAGUUUACCAGGACGGCAGCAGUUGGGAUUCCAGUCGAGACGUCGAAUGCCGCACUUCAAGUGCUAGUUGGCACCUCUGAGCAAUGUCAAGGCCAAGCUUGGGACUGCUGCUUUGAGCCUGCACCAAUGCGGCCAGACAUAACGCAAGCGCUCAGUUGCAAGGUGAUCUGAAGCGAGCAUCGGCAGCUAUGAGAGAGGCAAAGAACUCAUUUAUCUUCUGCAGGAAGCAGAAAGAGCGCAUUUCGGAAUUGCGGCAUCGUUCAACACUCCUGCAUUGAACACUUCCGCUUUCUGAAUGACGACACACUAUACCAAUGCCGCCUGAGACGGAUAGGAUAUGGGCUGCUUGGCGAGACAUUCGCAAAAAGCUCCAAUAUAGCCUGAAUGGUGACUAAGAAGAUUGGCGAAUACGCUAAGUCUACACUAUAAGCUGAUCAAUGCCUAUAUUGUAUUCACCCGAUCACUCGUAGAUGCAGGCACUUCACAUGAGCUCCGAAGCAGUCCCGGUUGAAGAACGGCAAUGAGAGGCCGGUAGAAGCGAUAUACCAGUCGUGCCAGCGCACAGUUCCAACCUCAACGCUCGCCUCACGAUUCACCUGAUGUUUUGCUCGAUUUGUGCACGCUC